UGUUGCUGCUGCUGCUGCUGCUGCCUGGGGAUACUCACCUUUGCACACUCAUCAACACUGACGUUCAACUGGAGGAGAAUUAUGUCUGCAAAUUUCAAAGUGUUGACGGAAGACUCUCAGUUUCAGAGCGAGCUGAGUGAGGCAGGUGGCAGGCUGGUGGUGGCAGACUUCACCUCGGCCAGAUGUGGGCCAUGUCAACGCAUAGCACCCUUGUUUGAAGAAAUGGCAAACAAGUUUCCAACAGCAGUGUUUCUGAAGAUUGAUGUGAACCAAUGCACAUCUGCAGCUGCAUCACAAGGAGUCUCAGCUACUCCAACAUUUAUCUUCUAUAGAAAUAAGACCAAGCUUGAUACUUUACAAGGAGCAGAUCCAGAAACUUUGGAAGCUCGAAUCCGGCAGCAUUAUGGUGAUGGAGAGGGUGAAGAAAUUGAAGACUCUGGAGUACCAGGACAUAUUGAUUUAAUCCCAAUGAUUAAUAAGGCUGGUUGUGAAUGUUUAAAUGAAAGUGAUGAUCAUCCCUUUAUUCAAGCACUGACUUCUGCUGGUGGUUACUUGGAAUCUGAUACAGAUGAACAGUUAAUUUUAUACUUGUCAUUCAAUCAAGCUGUGAAACUGCACAGUAUGAAAGUAAAGGGACCAGCUGAAAAUGGUCCAAAGGAUAUGAAACUGUUCAUCAAUCAACCUCAUACGAUUGAUUUUGAUUCUGCUGAGUCUGCUAAUGCAGUUCAGGAAAUAGCGUUAACUGCAAAGGAUUUAGAGGGUGAACUGAUUCCCCUCAAGUAUGUGAAGCUUCAGAAUGUAAUGAACCUGACAGUAUUUGUGAAGAACAAUCAAAAUGACUCAGAGACAACUCAGAUCUCAUACAUUCAGAUUAUUGGCUCUCCAGUGCAAACCACAAAGAUGUCAGAUUUCAAGCGUGUGACAGGAAAAAAGGGUGAAAGUCACUGAUUGUAGGGGCAAUUAGUGCUUACAGAAAUUUAAAUUUUAAAAACUACAAAAUUACAUUAAUAUUUUUAUCAUUGCCCACAUUAGUCUCAUUUUCAUUGUGUUGGAAUAUUUUUAAUUUAAGAAUAAUUAGUAUGUGAAGUUAAUAUUACAGUAUCUUUGUCACUGUUGUUUAUAUAUUCCUAUAUGAUGAAUGAUAGUGUCAAAUAUUGGAUAAUUAUAUUUGAGUACAGUACUGCAUUUGAAAUUGUUGCCAUUAGGUUAAUUGCAUUUUUAAUACUGUACUUUAUUCUUCAUGACAGUUAUAUUAUUUGGCCUAAAAAGACACCUACAGUUAACUUUAAAUAAUAAAGGAAACAUUGAUACUUCA